AUGUCAAUCAACCAACCGUCUGUCUUGCAGCAGCAGCAACUAUCGGAGAGGUCUUGUGGCACUGUGGUGCGCAAAGAGUUGAUCCACAGGUUUUCCGAGCGCGUCAUCCGAUGCGACGGCGUCAAGGACGCACUCGCCCCCGAUUUCGCCGACGGCUUCCUCAAUCGCCAUCCGGACCUAGCGAAGACGCUUGUUGCCGCGCCGCAGCCGAGCCACAACAGGCCGAAGGCAGAGAAGGCCACUCGCGUAGGGGCAUUCGAUCGCUUAAAGGAAAUGAUGCGGCAGGAUCGCAGACAGGCGCUCUUUGGCGACUCGCCCCCGCCCCCACGACAGCCUGCUGCUUAUCCCGAAGGCGAGAUCAUCUAUCACUGCAACAAUCGCUAUGUCGUGCGACACGGCGAUGCCAUCACGAAAUACACGACAUGCUCUGACGGCAUGGGCGCGAACGACCACCCGAACGAGGCGCUAGCGCUGCGCUUCGUCAAGGCGCACACCACAAUUCCGGUGCCCGAGGUCGUCAGCAGCGAUUGGGACCGCAUCACCAUGGAAUACGUCGAGGGCCAGACGCUACAGCAGGCAUGGCCGGUGCUUACCCCCGACCAGCGCUCCGACAUCAUGGCCCAGCUCAGCGGCUACAUCGCGCAGAUGCGUUCCCUGGGCGGCAUCCACCUCGGCCGCCUUGACGGCCAGGGCGUCGUGGUCCCGAGCAUCAUGACGCGCUCGGGUGGGCCGUUCGGCACCCUGACCGAGUUCCAUGACUGGCUUGUUCAGCCGCCGCAUCGGUUGCAGGCGCAGUCGAUGUACUGGCACCAGAUCACCACACAGCUUGGUGCCGAGUAUCCCAUCGUGUUCACGCAUGCCGAUAUUGCCGCGCGAAACAUCAUGGUGCGUGACGGUCGCAUCGUCGCCCUUUUGGAUUGGGAAUUCGCGGGAUGGUACCCAGAGUAUUGGGAAUAUGUGUUUGCAUUGCGUGGGAUGGAUAACAUUGACUGGGAGACACUAGGCCGCCAUCUUCCGUCUCUCUUUGCUAAGCGCUACGAUCUCGAAUAUAUCCUUGUGGGAUUUAUCGUCCGCCUUUCCUGA